CGCCAGUUGUCAGUGCGCCUUCGUUCAUAUAACACCCUAAAAUCCACACCUGACACAAAUCGAACAAUCAACAAUAGCGCGCAAUAAAACAAUCACAUCCCAGUGCUAUCAGUGCUUCUAUUAUCUGUAAUUGUUUUAAUUAUUUUAUCAAUCGUGAUCGUGUAUUAUUUAAACCCGACGCACACUGAAAUUCUCGUCAGUCGGUCGAUAAUUUAGUUUGGAGAAAGUUUAUUUAUCUUCGUGAAAAUUGACGUCGCCGUUGCCAGCCCCCCGGCGAAGACGAGCGACAAGAUGAAUCUGUCGUUCGCCGGCUGCGGCUUCCUGGGUAUCUAUCACGUUGGAGUCGCCGUUUGUUUCCGGAAGUAUGCGCCGCACCUGCUGCUGAGUAAAAUCUCCGGCGCGUCUGCGGGCGCCAUCGCCGCCUGCUCACUACUCUGCGAUCUACCAUUAGGUGAUUUGACUAGUGAUGUAUUACGGGUUGCGUGUGAAGCCCGCAGUAAAUCCCUGGGACCUUUUCAUCCAUCGUUCAACAUCCAGAAUAUUCUGAUUGAGAACAUGGAGAAAUUAUUGCCGGAAGAUGCGCAUAUUCGUGUCAGCGGGAAAUUACACAUUUCCCUGACGCGUGUCUACGACGGUAAAAAUGUGAUUGUCUCACAGUUUGACUCCAAGAGGGAUUUGAUGGAUGCGCUGCUUGCAUCUGCGUUCAUUCCGAUCUUUUCGGGGAUUUUACCGCCGAGAUUCAAAGGUGUGCGGUACAUGGAUGGUGGAUUCAGUGAUAAUUUACCAACUUUGGAUGAAAAUACUAUCACUGUCAGCCCGUUUUGUGGCGAGAGUGAUAUUUGUCCAAGGGAUGACAGCAUGCAAUUGUUUCAUAUUAACGUUGCUAAUACUUCGAUUGAACUUUCCCGUCACAAUAUCUAUCGUAUUGUGAGGAUUUUAUUCCCGCCCAACCCGGAAGCCUUGUCAAACAUGUGCAAACAAGGUUUUGACGAUGCGCUGCGUUUCCUACACAGGAAUAAUUUGAUCAGCUGCACGCGUUGUCUUGCUGUGCAGUCCACUUUUGUUGUUGCUGAUAGUUUGGAGGAUUCAAUGGAGUUUGAUCCAGAGUGUACGGAAUGUCAACUACACAGACAGGAAGCGCUUGUUUCUAACCUGCCAGACACUGUUCUGAGCAUUUUCCAAGAGGCGAUUGAUUCCGCAAACAAAGGUCUUGUCAACUGGGUGUUUAAACACCGUGGAAUGAAGUUACUUUCAGUGCUUAGCCUUCCAUACACACUGCCCUGUGAUAUGAUGUUUGCCACAUUCACAAAUAUAGUUGGGGACACGUACGAACGCAAAGAUUUUGCGUACAAAUUCGCCACCAUGCAAUUAACAAACCCAUUGCCUUCCAAGCGGCGUCCGCGCGGAUGUCCCACACAUUCGAAAGCACGCCGUUCAUUCACACUAAUCCCAAGAUUCAUGGCAUCCGCACCAAUCAUGGGCAACGGUCUCUGGGAGCUGAGUAAAUAUUUCAUGGAUCAACUAGCGGGGGUCCUCAAUCGGGUCAAUAGUAAACGACAGCAGAUUAGUGCCAAAAUCACCUGCCAGUUGGACAUAACUGAGUACGGUGGUAAUAAGUUGAAGAGACUGCGACGUUUCCGUCGACGCAAUGAGGACGAGUACGAUGAUGAUUACUAUUUGACAGAUGUAGAAUCAGCCGAUCAAGGCACCUCAAACAAGAUGAAUUUAAAUUUCAUUUUGAACUUGGACGAUGGUGAUAUCCCUUUGAGUAGUAGUAAAAUGUUGUCGAGAACGCCCAGUUUUACCGUUACCAGAAGUGAUCAGGCUUUGGCUGAUGAUACUUUUGAUAAUAUCUUAGAAGUUACCGCACAUCACGACGCCAUCAUGGCGUAUUACUAUCUAGAAGAUAAUAAGGUAAAAGUAACUGAAAUCUUCGACGUGACUGAAUCCGAUUCGCCAUUUGUUCAAUCAGCAUACGAGCGUGAUCUGAACACGCAGUUGGAAUUCGACGAUGACGAAUGGGACGACGAGGACGCAAUGUCCCUACGCGCAAAUUAUUCGAAGAGUAUGAGUGAACUACUAUCGGACGCAAACAGUGACAUCGAUGAUGAGUACGUCGCGGACCGCGACACCAGCAACAUCUUCUCCGACCCGGAAAGCGACUGGACAGGCACGUACAAAGUGGAAAUGCCCGAUGAUGAUGACGAUGAUGACCUGGAUGAUGAUUCCAAUGGUACCAUGAUGGGUAACGACACGCGUCCGGAGUCUGACCGGCCAAUCAAACGGCCGUAUAUUGUCCCAGCGAUGAGUUAUGACGAUCUCGCGAUGUAAGUCCCUCCCUUGCCUGCUAUUCUUGACGACUGCGACUUAUAUUUAUCUAGCCUAGUCAAAUAAAAACAAAUCUAUUCUUAUGAACGUUAAGCACUGACAACGUUUUCCUGUAAACUAAGAAUAGAACCAAUGAGAUAUUGAUAGGAAUAAGAGCAAAACUAAGAAAAUACGUUACUUGUGAUUUCGGGAACAAAUGUAUGUGAUAAACUUAUUCAAUUUAGCAAAGUAAUAGCAAUAAGUAAACAAAUCUAGCUAAAUAAAUUAAAUUAAACGUGAUUAUAGGAAGUUCUAACCUAGUUCUUGCAACUAAAAGUAUUCUAUUUUAUAUAUUUUUGCUAAUUUUAUUUUUUGAUUGUAACUGCAAUAAACGUCGAAAAUCCAGAUAUAAAAA